UCUCUCUCUCUUGCUGAUACAGCGGAGGUGGAGAUUUCCAAUCCCACCCAGUCACAUUGAGAAAGGAGGAUUUGGUAAGGCUUUCCCAGGAGAAAUCACACUGAGGAAAUUCUCAGCAGCAGCCUGAACUACACUUGGAGUGGGUUUGCAGUCUCCUAUGCACGGAAAUGGGGGCAGAAGCAGCUGCAUGUUCCCCGUGUGAGAGCCUAGAGGGAGCUUCAUGGUGAAGAAGUAAGAAGGACCACACUGAAACAUUGAAAGAAGUAUUUCAUUGAUUGUGCCUGCCAUUCAAGACUUUAGGAUGGAAACCUUUUGUUUAAGAGUCUCCUUGCUACUGCUUGUCGCUGGAUGUGGCCUCAGCGACAGUUCUGACAGAUAUUACACCAAUCUGAGUGAUUCUGGAAACUAUUUGACCACCUACUCUGGACUAGAGCCCAGCUUACUCCUUACUACUAUCCGACCCAUGGUACCCAACAAAACAGACUAUUGCUCCCAACGGGCUAAAAUUGCUGACACUUUCAAAUACAUUAACACAGUGAUAUCUUGUAUUAUUUUCAUCGUUGGAUUGGUUGGGAAUGCAACUUUGCUGAGGAUCAUUUACCAGAACAAGUGUAUGAGGAAUGGCCCCAAUGCGCUGAUAGCUAGCCUGGCACUUGGAGAUCUUAUCUAUAUUGUCAUUGAUAUUCCUAUCAAUGUAUAUAAGCUUCAUGCUCAGCGGUGGCCAUUUGAGGAUUCUGAUUUCGGGCUGUUUCUUUGCAAAUUCCUCCCCUUUAUACAGAAGGCAUCUGUGGGCAUCACAGUCCUCAAUCUCUGUGCCCUUAGUGUGGACAGGUACAGAGCAGUUGCCUCCUGGAGUCGUGUUCAGGGAAUUGGUAUCCCCAUGAUCACUGCUAUUGAAAUUUUCUCCAUUUGGAUUCUCUCCUUUAUACUGGCUAUUCCAGAAGCAAUUGGUUUUGUCAUGAUACCUUUCAAAUACAAAGAUGAAAAUCAUAUUACCUGCAUGCUCAAUGCUACAAACAAGUUUAUGAUGUUUUACAAAAACGCAAAGGAUUGGUGGCUGUUUGGAUUUUAUUUCUGUGUGCCACUAGCAUGUACUGCUGUCUUUUACACACUAAUGACUUGUGAAAUGUUAAACAGAAGGAACAACAGUUUGAGAAUUGCCCUCAGCGAACAUCUUAAGCAGCGUCGAGAAGUUGCAAAGACAGUUUUCUGUCUGGUAGUGAUUUUUGCCCUUUGCUGGUUUCCUCUCCAUUUGAGCCGAAUUUUGAAGAAAAUGGUAUACAGUGAAAGGGAUCCUAACAGAUGUGAACUGCUCAAUUUCUUGUUGCCUCUGGAUUACAUCAGCAUUAACCUGGCAACCAUGAACUCUUGUAUAAACCCCAUAGCUCUCUAUUUUGUGAGCAAGAAGUUUAAAAACUGUUUCCAGUCAUGUCUCUGCUGUUGCUGCUACCGAUCCAAAAGUCUAGUGACUUCAGUGCCAAUGAAUGGAACAAGCAUUCAGUGGAAAAACCAUGAACUAAAUAACCACAAUACAGAUCGAAGCAGCCAUAAGGACAGCAUAAACUGAGACUGAAGGACACUGAGACCACUUCAGAAUCCAGGAGGAAAAGAUGUUACAUGAAAGCUGUUUAAGAGGGAAUCCACUGAGUGUUCCACAAAAUAUAAUCCAUUCAGACGUUCUUUGCCCUUCUACCUAAUUUCAGAGGUGAUUUAAUGGAUUGACUAUAAAUUUAAAGAUCUGCAAAUUUGGAUCCUCUUGACAAUGUUGCUGUUUCUGAAAAUUACAUUCACCUUCUUAAUGAAAAAUGAAAGAGUCUCUCAGCACUGUGCAGGAUGUUUGCAAUCUUUGACCUAAGCAGGAAAUGUCCAGUGUGUACCUGGUACCCAGCCAUCUUUUUACUUGAUGGCCAAUUAGAAUUAGUCACCAUGGGAUUUUCAGAAGAUGUUGAAUGUGGAAUCUGUGAGGAUAUAGUUUAUCUCUGUCUUUCUGCCACUUUUUAAAGGAAACAUUUAACUGAGUGGUGAACAUAUCCUGUAUAAAAGUCUGUUUAGCAUGAAUUUUAAAAGCUUUUAUUUGGAAAUGUGUCAGUCCGCACCAGUAUUUUAUUUACUUAAUUUUUCAAAAUGAGACAACAUUAGUUGGGAAGUUAGCAUUUCACAAUUCAAAGAUCACAAUUCAAUAGACCAUCUAAAAAUAGCACCAACAUUAGGCGCUUACAGCACAGACUAAUACCAAAAGUAGGGUAUUAUAAUGUGCUAUUUAUUCUAACUCUCUUUACAAAAUAAACAUAUAUUUUCUAUAUCAGCAAAAGAGCUAUCAUUUGUAAAAGAUAAUCUUGAAGCACAUUUAUAAUUAGCCAGUCAUGUUUAGCUCUUAGGCCUGUUAUUCUGCAGAGACUGUAUCUUUUUUGGAUUUAAGUUGAAGUGGAGCGCAGCAAUAUCAAUCUAACACAGUAAAGUGUUACUAAAAGUGUCCAAAACUGUUCUCAGAAAAUGAUCACUGCUUACAAAUUGUUGACCUGAAGUUACAGUCCAUGUGAAGGCAAAACUCCUAUUGGAGUCCAUAGGAGCUGUGCGUGCAUAUGGUGUGUGUGUGUGUGUGCGUGCGCGCGCGCAUGGAAAGAGAGAGAUGCUUAUGAAGUUCAAACAUUUAAAAUGAGUUUGAUGUUUUUAUUGGGGUUAUUAACCAUAUAAAUGCAACUGACAAUAUAAUGUAAUAGAUGCUAUUGCUCGCAUAUGUGUAAACGUGUGACAUAACUUUCUCUUUGUUAUUGUCAACUUUUUGGUUACAUGGCAUGAAAAUCAUUGUCUGGCUGUUACAUUUGCUGAUUAGAUUGCAUUUUACUAAAUAGUGGAAUGAAAUAUAGCACUAUCAUAUACAAUAUACCUGCUGCAGAAAUCUGCCAUAAGAUCUAUAGAAUCUGUUUUACCAGGUUGAAAAGUAAUAGCAACAGUUACACAAUGUAGUUCUUAACAUCCAGUUGUGUUUCAAACGGAAGACACGAGCCUGCACAUUAUUUACAAAGUCAAAAUAUUAAGUGACUACAGUGACUUCCACUGCACAAUUUCUCAAAUGUUUACAUGCACAGUGUAUAUGAAAAAACUGCUCCAUAAAUUACUUUAUGUAUUUUUAUGUGCUUUUGUCUUUAUGGCAUAUAUGCAUGUAUAUAUACACACACAUAUGAAUGUGUGCUAAUAUAUUAAAAACUUAAAUAUA